ACUCCACUGUUCAAACGAAGAAGAAGAAGUCAACAGCGGUCUGAGCUGCUACUUGUUUAGACGGGUUUGUAAGGACUGUGUGCCCGCAGCUGCUGGCUUCAGCUCGCUGUAGCAUCCUUAGCGCCUAGCGGGACUGAAUCAGGUCGCUUUUUAAGGAUGAAUUUGAUGGAAAACAAAACUCUGUACCCGCAUCUGCGCGACGAAGACGCGGUGGUGGUGGAGAACGCCGUCAAACUAGCCAUCGACUCGGUUUUGAACGUUCUGUACGGGGUGAACAGCGCCAAGGCUCGGGAGUACCAGCGGAUGGUGGCCGACAGGGACAAAGAGAUCCAGCGGCUGGAGAGCAGGCUGACGGAGCUGGAGCAUGAGCUGCAGGUGCUGCGCAGACACGGCUGCACGUGCGCGCUGUUCCAGGGCAGGUCCCGGACCUCCGGGAACCGACAGAGCGGGGAGCAGGGCGGCUUCGAACCCGGAUCUGUUGACUCGGGGAUGACGGCGGAACCGCAGGAGGAGUGUGAGAUGAUGCUGUCCUUGGGUGUUUUUGCACGACCCCCAUCUCACGUCUCCUCCCAAAGCCACGAGUCGGUUCUCCCCUCCUCCCCCAGCCGCCUGGGCCUGGACCCGACCUGCACGUCCCGCUCCUCAGAGGCGUCCGUGGUCACAGACGCAGCCAGACACCUGCCUCCGUCCCCCAGCAGCCUGGUGGUCAAAGAGGAGCCGUGCGACAUCGACACGGUGCUGAUCCAGUGGGAGAUGAGCGAGGAGCGGGCCGCAGAACCUCCAGAGUCGUCAGGAAACCAGAGUCAGGACAAACCCAGCCCCAGUGGAAAACAAAACCCAGAGUACAGCGAGGGAAAGCAGCUGAUGGAGAAACCUGUGUCAGACCCAGGUGGAUUUCAAGUCUCUGCAAGACAGCUGAAGACCAUGAGGAAGAAGAACGUCCCCACGUCCCAGCUGCCAGAGGAGGCUCAGAGACUGAAGAGAGCAGCCUGGAGAGCAGCUUCCAGGCGCUACUACGCCCGAAAGAUCGCCCGACAGCGAGCGACCCCGCCUCGCUCCGGCCCCAUCCUGCCCGUCAUGACCUCCCAGCAGAGCUGCUUCCUGGACCAACGGAGGAAGACCCCAAUCCCCGAGUUCCCAGAGUCCCAGCUGCUGCAGAGGGAUGCGUGGAGGAGGUUUUACGAGCGCAAAACCACCUUCCAGCAGAGCGGGACCGGGCCGUACGGACAUCUGCUGGAGCACGUGGACCCGUCUGGAGGCAGCGAGGGUCCGAGCAGAGAGGGGCCGCUCGCUAACAGUGGAGGAAUCAUGUGCAGCUGAUGAGUUUCACCUGUCAGUUUAUUUAAAGUUUUAUUGUUUUAGAGCUGCAGUGGCAGGUGUUCUUUGUGUUUGUUUUUUUUUUUUUUUCCUACAAAUUGAAAUAAAAUCGGAGGUUAAGUGCAGCGUGGACACGUUUCUGAACCCAGCAGGUGGAAAAACCUGAAGAACCUGUGGCUGUUUGAUGUCAAACUGUGCACCUGCUGCUCUGACUGAUUCCUGAAAAAACAAACACAAAAUGGUGACUUCAAAACAUCUUACAAACUACUGCAAAAAAUAAAAAAUAAAAUCUGGAUUGAAGGGUUUCUAAUAAAACCUAAAAAAGACAAAGAGCAGGUUAUAAUCUGGUUCUGUCAUCGCACAAAUAUAUUUAUUUUUCAGAAAUAAAAUUAAAGAUAUAAAAACAUGAAUCCAGUCAGAUUAUUGGAGUUGGGAAACUUAAAUAAAAUAUAUUUUAAUGUUUAUGUAAGGUCUAAUCUGACGUGUGCUCUUAUUGUUUAUUUGUUCCUCUGUUUGUUCUGAUUCUGGUUGGAGGACGUUGAACUCGUCUCUGAUGUCAUCAGUUGACCCGGUGCUUUGAGCUGAAACUGUUUUUCUGACUGUGACACUUUUUAGACCCCCUGACUCGGAUUCUGUAGUUUCUUUAAGCUCUUCCAUUAAAAGUUCUCAGCAGCGCCCCUACAGGCCAGCACCUGCUACUACAACCACAUUCAUCCUGUUUUACUGUUUGAUCAUAGAAAUCUGCUGAAUUUACACUGAAAUAAAUCUUUUUAUGUCUUGUA